GAGUAGAGUGGAGCUACGACGGGCGUGGCGAUGCCUAAGAAGUUCCAGGGUGAGAACUCGAAGUCGGCGGCGGCGCGAGCUCGGAAAGCCGAGGCUAAAGCUGCAGCGGACGCAAAGAAACAGCAGGAACUGGAGGACGCUCUGUGGCAGGAGAGCGACAAACACGUGCUGAAGAAAGAGCAGAGGAAGGAUGAGAGGGAGAAGAAGCGACUGGAGGCUCUGGAGAGGAAGAGAGAGAACCAGCGUCUCCUGGAUGAAGAGGAUUUGAGGCUGAAGGGGAAACAGACGCGAGAAACUCUGAGCAAAAUGACACGAGCUCAAAUCGAGCAGAACCUCGACCGGGAACAAGCGCUUAAAGAGACCGAGACAAAAGAGAAGAGUAAUUUGGAGAUGCCGCUGGAGGAGAACAUUAACCACAUCAUUCUUGAAGAAGAAUCGGCUCGGACCAUCGAGGACGCCAUCGCUAUGCUCAGCACCAAAGAGGAUCUGGACCGCCACCCCGAGCGCAGGAUGAAGGCGGCCUACGCAGCGUUUGAGGAGGCCAACAUGCCCCGCCUGAAGAUGGAGAACCCCAACAUGCGCCUGUCUCAGCUCAAACAGCAGCUGAAGAAAGAGUGGACGAAGUCUCCGGAGAACCCGUUAAACCAGCGCUUCGCUGGCUACAACGCCAAGUAACCACGCCCACACGGCGAGAUCUCAGAGACUUACACGUGUAACACAGGGUCUGCACCAAUCUCCAACCACACCCUGAUCCCCGCCCCAGACGUCUGACUCCACAGAUUCACACUGAAGUUCCAGUUUGUGCCAAACUUCACACUCGGGUUCAAAAGCAGAGCAAAGUUCAUUUUAUUAUUUAGAGGUGGUUUUUUUUGUGUGUUAAAAAUAAGAGUGCACUCGAGUAACAUUUUGAACGCGAGUUUUAGACGUUGAUGAAGUUUGUGUCCUAGCAAUAAACACCAUGUUGGCUUUACAGUAGUGUAUUAAUGCUCCGAGACCAGGUCCUGACUCCUGCAAGUGAAAUGUACUAACAUUAUUAAACUGCUGAACAAA